AUGGAUUCUCAGACAUUAAUUCACAAGGCUAAUAAAGUGUCAUACUACGGCGGUGCUACCAGCGGAGAGUCCUGGAGGUACGAUUGGUACCAACCAUCUAAAAUAAGCUCCACAAAGCAGCAACCACAGCAACAAGUGGGAAACGUGGAGAAUAACGUGGAGAAAUACCCGUUCAGGUACAAGACGUGGUUGAAGGUCCAUGAAGAUGAUGGGAAGGCUUUACAGGAAGGGGGUUGCGAAGAUAUACUGGACUUGAGAUUGUUUGAUAGAACAAUAAGGAAAGAGUCCCAAACCGCAUCGCACAUUAAAGGCGACACAAAUAUUACCAACGGGGCUCCUUCUACUACCGAAGGAGGCGAAGCCCUAAGUGUGGAUGAUAUAAGAGGUGCUGUCGGUGGCAGCGAGGCUAUUCCUGGGCUAUCUGCAGGUGCGAAUAAUGAGAAACCAGAGGAAAGCAAAGAUGUAGAGAUGAGUUGA